CUCAAAUCACAGAACAGAGUGAAGCCAAGAGGUUAUAAAUUCCCAAAAAAAUGUCGGAUUGCAGUGAUACAGGCAAGAGUUCGUGGCCAGAGCUGGUGGGAGUGAAUGGGGAAGCGGCAGCAGCCAUCAUCGUACAAGAGAAUCCAAAAGUUGGCGCUGUAAUUGUGAAAGAGGGAAUGAUGGUGACCAUGGAUUUCCGUUGUGACAGAGUGCGUGUCUGGGUCGACAAGUAUGGAAUUGUGAAGCAGACGCCUCAAAUUGGCUAACGCUACUGUUUGCAAGGAUCAAUAAUGCAAAACGUUAACAAGCUCAGCUAGCAGUACUACGUACACUAAUUAACAUAUGUCCACUUUGUACUAUUUCAAUAAGUUUACCAUUGAUUGUUAAUUUGGAGUGCAUCAAAGCUGAACUAGCAUUAAUGUAACAUUGACAAGUGUAAAAUAAAUUACUUUGUAU